AUGCGGUCAGGAGUGAGGCAGGGGUGCCCCCUCUCCCCCCUGUUGUAUGUCUUAUGUAUUGAGCCAUUGCUACGUUGGCUUGCCUCAAAUCCGAGCAUUGCCCGAGUGGCGCUGCCGGGAAUUGGUUCGAAGCCUACCCUGUUCGCUUAUGCAGACGAUUUGACCAUCUGCACGUCUGACACAAAAUCUGUGGAGGAAGCUCUGGACGUUAUGGAUGUGUACAUGAGAGCCUCCGGGGGAAGGCUAAACAAAGCAAAGUCCUCUAUUGUGGCAAUAAACGGCGCAGUCGGUAGGACUGCAGUUGGAGACAUCCCGGUGGUGCAAAGCACGAAGGUGCUUGGGGUUCACUUUGCAAGGGGCGGAGCGUCAGGAGAGUCCUGGAAAGAAGUUGGCGACACACUACAGAGUCUCAGAGAAGAAUAUAAAGGGGUUCUAGUAAGCUUUGGUGAGAAGCGUCAGUUUAUUGUAAGCCAUAUGCUAUCAAAGAUUUGGUACCUUGGAACGUGCUUUCCCCCGUCAAAGAAAACGGCCAAGGUUUUGACGAGGAUUGUGAUGUCUUUCUUUUGGGAAGGCAAGUGUGAGAGGGUUAAACGUUCUGUAGUGCAGGCGCCUGCUGUUUUUGGCGGAUUUGACAUACCUGACAUAGGUCUCAAGUGCGACGCUUUGGCCAUGGCCCAAAUUUGUAGAAUCCUAGAUGAUGAUGACCAUAUCGCGAAGCCUUUGAUGCUUUAUUGUAUGGGCACCGGGAGUCGAGUGUUUUCGGGUUCCCUGAACCACACGGUUCCAAUGGCGGAAACGCCAACGGUUUUCUAUUCGGGAAUCAUAAGGCAUGCAAGCAUUGUUCAGCAAGCUGUUCCCUCUGGAAGUUUGGCGUACAUGCGUACGAACGAUUUGUUCCAUGAGCUGUACAAAAGAUUUGGCAUGAAUGACAUAAGGAUAGCGCCCUUGGAAAAUAGGGGACUUGUGGUAUCGAACUUGCUACAAGGGGACAGAGCCGAUAUCGCUUGGGAGUUGUCCCACAAUAUACUGCCUGUUAACACUCGACUUUUUAGGUUCCAUUUUGUGUCCUCCAUGAACUGCGAUGUGUGCGGUGGUAUCGAAAACCACCGUCAUGUGUUUUUUGAAUGUGUUCUGGCUGAAGCUUUGUGGCGCAAGGCCGCUACUGUAUUCCGUGUACCACGAAUAAUCUAUGAAACUGUACUGUACUCCGACCCACUCCCUGUUACUACUGGCCGAGUUCCGUCCUUCGUGCUCCUCAUGGGAGAGAUAAAAUAUGAAAUAUGGACAUCAAGAAAGAGGAGGAUAUAUGGAGGAACCAGUGAAUCACUUCGGAAAUCGUCCUUUUAUAUUGGGUUGAACAUCCGUAAAAAGUUACAAGCCGAGUUGGAGACACUUGAUGAACUGGAUUUUAAAAGGCGAUGGAAAAAACACAGGCUUCUGUUCUCCAUAGCAGAGAAGAAAGUGAAAGUUAGCUUUUAG